GUCUAGCCCAAUGCCCCAGGGCGUAUCACCAGCGUUCUGUAGCUUUCUGGGCGAAAACCUUUGAUUUCUUUCAUGGGAUAUACAAAGACAUCUUGAGCCAGAACUACAGGUGCCAGCCUCUGAGCUUUCAGGACAGGAGUCUCCAGGGCAAAAAGAGGUGAAACUCUUGGAAAAGAAAGAGACACUGCUAGGACCCAUCGGGUCUGCUGGAGGUCUGGGCACCCAUGCUCCUGUCAUGGCUCACAGGAUUGGGGGCUGGACUGCUCUCCCUGCAUUUCCUGCAGAAACUUCUGUUCCCGUAUUUCUGGGAUGAUUUCUGGUACUUGCUGAAGGUGGUGCGCUACGGAAUUCAGAUGGAGAUGUACAAACUGAGGGGGGAGCUGGUCACGGUGCUGGAUAAGUUCCUGAGCCACACCAGGAAGCAACCACGGAAAGCCUUCAUCAUUUAUGAGGGGGACGUCUACACCUACGAGGACGUGGACAAGAGGAGUAACAGAAUAGCCCACGCUCUCCUGAACCACUCCUCGCUGAAAAGGGGGGACGUUGUGGCUUUGUUGAUGAGCAACGAGCCCGACUUCGUUCAUGUGUGGUUUGGCCUGGCUAAACUGGGCUGCGUGGUGGCCUUCCUCAACUCCAACCUUCGCUUCGAUUCCCUCCUACACUGCAUCAACACCUGUGAACCCACUGCCGUGGUGGUGGGCGGAGAUUUGCUUGGAAGCAUAGAAGAAAUACUUCCCAGUCUCCCAAAACACGUCAGAGUUUGGGGAAUGAAGGAUUCUGUUCCAGAAGGUAUAGAUUCACUCCAAGAAAAGCUGAGUCUCGCCUCUGAUGAGCCAGUACCACCAAGCCAUCAUGUCACCUCAAGCCUCAAGUCUACUUGCCUCUACAUUUUUACCUCUGGAACAACAGGUCUACCCAAAGCAGCUGUGAUUAGCCAGUUGCAAGUGUUGAAGGGAUCUGUUGGGCUAUGGGCGUUUGGCUGCACAGCUGAUGACAUCAUUUAUAUAACCCUCCCUCUGUACCACAGCUCAGGGUCUCUCCUUGGAAUUGGUGGAUGUGUUGAGUUGGGCGCCACGUGUGUGCUAAAGAAGAAAUUCUCCGCAAGCCAGUUUUGGAAUGAUUGCAAGAAGUACAACGUGACUGUGUUUCAGUACAUUGGGGAACUUUGCCGUUAUCUGUGCAAACAGCCUCAGAGAGAAGGGGAAAAGGACCAUCGGGUACGUUUGGCAGUUGGAAACGGUUUGAGCAGUGAUGUGUGGAGACAAUUUUUAGACAGAUUUGGAAAUAUUAAAAUGUGUGAACUGUACGGAGCUACCGAAGGAAACAUAGUCUUCAUGAACCAUACUGGGAAGAUUGGAUCUGUCGGGAGAGCAAAUUUCUUCUACAGUCUCUUUUUCUCCUUUGAGUUGAUCAAGUAUGACUUUCAGAAAGAUGAACCAUGGCGGAACGGACAAGGCUGGUGCUCCUGUGUGAGAAAAGGAGAACCUGGUCUCCUCAUUUCUCGUGUGAAUAAGAAGAAUCCCUUCUUCGGCUACGCUGGCUCGGACACGCACACGAAAAGCAAGCUGCUCUUUGAUGUGUUUCGGAAGGGAGACGUGUACUUCAACACCGGAGACCUAAUGUUCCAAGACCAGGAGAACUUCGUUUAUUUUUGGGACCGUCUUGGAGACACUUUCAGGUGGAAAGGAGAAAACGUCGCAACCACAGAGGUCGCUGAUGUGCUUGGGAGGUUGGACUUCAUCCAGGAAGCAAACGUGUACGGUGUGCGUGUGCCAGGUUAUGAAGGAAAAGCAGGAAUGACUUCUGUUAUCCUAAAACCAAACAAGUCUUUAGACUUAGAAAAAAUGUACAACCAAGUGGUGACAUCUCUGCCAGCUUACGCCUGCCCACUGUUUUUAAGAAUUCAGGACAAAAUGGAAACUACAGGGACAUUCAAGCUAAAGAAGCUACAACUGGUGGAAGAAGGAUUUGAUCCGCUGAAGAUUUCUGACCCGCUUUACUUUAUGGAUAACUUGAAAAAAUCUUAUGUCCCAUUGACCGAAGAGAUUUAUAAUCAGAUAAUGUCAGAGGAAGUUAAACUGUAAAGACUGUCUUUGUGGGACUUUGAUGACUUCCUGGGAAAGAUGAAGGAAGAUUCGUGAGCUUCCUUGUGGACAAUCAGGGAGGAGUUCCUUGCAUUAAUCAAUCAUAAAUAGAAAGAAAAUUGUACAUGAAGAAUGCUUUGUAGACCCAAGCUUUCAAGGCCCCCACUCUGCAGCACAGUGGGCCAUGAAGUGGGAGCUGUUUGCCUCGUGGUUAUGUUAUGAGGCUGGCUUGAGGAUGCCGCUUACAGACGCUGCCCGGAGUCACCAGGAAGCAGCAUACUUCAUAGCAUGAGCCCAGAGUACAGCGAUUUCUGAAUGCGUUUGGGAAGUAAAAGCCAACAGGCCAUAGUAUUACCACCUGACUCCGGGACUCGGGGAAAUGUGAGGAUUUACUCUGAAGCGAGAUGGGGAAGCAGUGUUCAGCAGGCGAUGCAUUUCCUUCGCAAGCAGAAGUUCCUUGAGUUUAAUGAGGCUUAAAUUUGCUUUGAUUGACAUAAACUUUAGCUGUUUUUUU